AUGGGGAUGACUGAGUGUGGUAGAGAUCCCAGAAUUGAAGCAGGGAAGCCGGCUACAAUUAGUGAGCCCUGGAGUGGGCUCUCAGCUAGGUUUUGCCAUAAACCACUAGCCAUGGCAAGAUCUGGGGACCACUCUCCAAGUGGGGGCCCAGCAAGUGGACAGCCCUCCUCCUUCCCCUGGGAGGAGAAGUACGUGUGUGCACAGGAUAAAGCAGGGGAGCAGGGGCCCAGCAAACAGCAGACCUGCUGUGAGACCCCUGCCCUCCCUCUGGGAGUAUUGGUGCAGAGACUGGCCCGUGCCUUCUUCACUGGUUCUUCCAGAUCCACAUUAGCCAUAACUCAGCCAUUCCUGAUUCCCAAAAUACUGAAGACAGGCUUCAUGAAUAUGGAAGCCACUGAAGAAAGCCCAGCAGAGAACCAAAGCCUGGCUCCAGGCACCUCAGUCACAUUGAAUAGUGACACUGGUGCAGAUAAGGUUCUUGCUUCACUAAAGGGUAAGAGGAAGAGGAAAGGGUACUUUCCAACUGAGUCAGUGAAGAUCCUCCGAGAUUGGCUGUAUGAACACCGGUUUAGGGCCUACCCUUCAGAAGCGGAGAAACGAAUGCUGUCCAAGCAGACUAAUUUGUCUUUCCUGCAGAUCUCUAACUGGUUUAUCAAUGCCCGCAGACGUGUUCUUCCAGAAAUGCUUCAACAGGAUGGAAAUGACCCCAACCAGAUCACCAUGUACCACCAAAAACGCAAGGCAGCUGAUGUGACCCAUGAGCAGAGCACAGAUUCAUCUAUACAGGCCAGGUCAGGGCACAGAGAUCCAGACAAAAUGCAGUGCCUGCCCUUGAGCCUUCUUCCAAUGGGCAAGAAGUCAGGGAAGAAGCUGCUAGAUUCAGAGUUGUCUCCAGGCCAGAAGCUCACCCCAAAGGCCCAGCCGAAGAAAAAGGUCAAGUUUGCCGCUAGUGAACCCUUGCUUAUGACAUCUCCCCAACCUGUGUUAACAGAGGAGUACAAGGAUUUCAGCAACUUCCAGCUGCUGGUUGAUGUAGCAGUGCAAAAGGCUGCAGAACUGGAGCUACUGAAGAAGCAAGAGCCCAAUGCAUGAUAUCCAACA